AUGAAUAAGGAAGUGUGUGAAAAGUUCCAGGAAGUAAGGAACUCGAUUCCCGAUGAACCGAAAGAUAAAGGAAUCCCUGAAUUUGAUGAUAGUCAUUUUUUAAAUAAUUAUUGUGAUAGUAGUCAAUGUCAAAGUUAUUUCGAUAGAAUAAGUGCUGGAUGUUUAUAUUUGUUGGAUCAAUUCUAUAACGAUUCUUGUAUGUUUCCCUCUCCAAAAAAUAGUAACCCCUAUAUUGUUGAAUACAUUUUGAUAUGGUUAAGUUAUAUAUUAAAUCUGGACAAAAGUAAAGACCAUAACAAUAUAAAUGAUUUUUAUAAUUAUCAAAUAAAUAGUUGUGAUCAGUAUAAGACGCAAAUAAUUGAUUUACCUGGUUAUGAGAAUUAUAAGGGUCUUAUAGAUGCAAGAAAGAAUUUGUUGUAUAUGGGUAGUAGUAAUGUAUCUAAAUUUUAUGAAGCAUUUAAAUCAUUAUGUAACUUGUAUACUCAAUUUGAUGAAUACAAACAAAAUUGCAAGAAUUAUUUGGAAGAUAAUGAAUUUUUAAAAAAAUAUGAAAAUCUUAAGAAUGGUUCUGAUAUGACUAAAGAUGAUUCAUACAGUCAAAUCAUGUCUACUUUAUUAAAAGAUUAUGAUGGUCUUAAAAGGGAAUGUGAAGUUGCUUUAUCCCCUCCACCGAAAGAAACAAAACAAAAUCCUGGACUAACUCAUGGACAAACUCCUGCAGAUAGUUCUGAAGAAAUUCUUUUACAUGGUUCUGAAGAAAUUUCUGGACAAAAUUAUGAACAAACUGUACAAAAUUUGGAUGUUACAUCAUCAAGUUCAUCGAUAGUAAGCAAAUUAAUUCCAGUUUUAUUGAUAUUUGGUGCAAUACCAAUUUUUUUGGGAAUUUCUUAUAAGUAUUCAUUAUUUGGAUUUCGGAAAAGAGUUCAAAAACAACAUUUAAGAGAAAAGCUAAAAAAGUAA